CUACUUUUUAUUGUUUAGAAUUUUUAUUUUUAUUUUAUAUUAUAAGUCCUUUAUAGUCAUUUUACAACCGCUCAUAUUAAAAAACACUUCUAAUAGUUUUACAGCCAAACACUAAACUGCUUUUUUUUAAAGUACUUAUCUAAAAGCUCCAGUCAGAAAGUUGCUUCUGCAAAAACUACAGCAGGGCCAAACUAAGCUAUUGUAAGUGGUAUCUUUAUAAGAGAAUCAACAUUGGUAUUGCAUUCUCAAUUGCAAGAUAACAUGACAUGGAUGUUUGCAAUUGCAAAACCAUUUGCAUUAAUGUGAUGUGACUACCAAUUGCAUACUUGCAAGCUUGCAACAAAUGCAAUUGCAUAUGCAAGUAAAAAAUACAUAAAAAUAGAGUUUUUAUUUUAUUUUAUAUUGUUUCUUUUCUCUUUUACUUUAUUUUCCAUAAUUUAAACAUAAUCUGUAAUUACAUAUGAAAUUGCAAGUAAUUGCAUUGAUGUAGGUGAAUGAAAGUGAUUUGAGGUGGAUUGCAAAAAAAUUGAGUAGACAAUAAAGAGCACAAAUGCCUUAUAAAAAUAUAAUGAAGAGCACAAAUGCAAUUGUUUUUGCAAUUGCAUUGAUGUGGAGGCUCCAAUAUAUAAAUAUAAAAUAAUAGGAUAAACGUAAAUAUAAUUAAUUUUAAGUGGUUCUUUCUCACCGUGGGUGAGGCUGAAUUCUACAGGAAAUACUCGAUAAUUUUAUUGAUAAAAUCAACUCAAGGUCUUAUAUGUGCUUUUAGGCCCUAUGUGACAAUCAACUAGUCGUGAGCUACUAAAAAUUUGGACCAUAUAUUAGAUCGCUAGUCUUACGAUAUGAUUUGGAUCGAUAAAAAAAUGAUUUGGUGUGAAUUGGAGCGGUUUGACAAUACCGCAUUAAUGCAUAGGGGUGGAUAUCGGUUCGAUUAAAACCAAACCAACAAGAUCAUACCGGUACUCUUAAACUGUCAAAGGUCAACUAAAUUUCGAACAGAAAUUUAAUCAGCUCAGAAUCACAAAACCCGACGAACCCGAAGCUUCUUCCUUUUCAUUCCUUCCCAGAUUUGUUUCCUCCUCUCACUCAGAAUCUCUCUUCUCAUUCCCUUCACUCUUUCCUUCUCCCAUCUUCUCCCUCUCUGUCUCUCUCUCUGCCAGGGACAACAGGCCUUUCGCCUUCUCUGAGCUCCCUCCUCCUGUCAGGCGCACCAAGUUCGCCGCUCGCCCAUUACAAGGAAGAGGAAGCGAUGCAAAAGAGAAGGCGUGGGAGAGCACGCAUGGGAUUUUCAGGAGCCGAGUACAUCGGGGCUUUUUCCGUCACUCAUUGUCGAUGCCGCCGUCGCUCCGUGUCGAUCCUGCCGUCGCCGAGAUGGCCGUACCAGAUGUCAUUUUCCCCACUGAAAAAGAAGGAUAGGGACAGGAGAAGGAGACGAGGAUUUGGAUAUGAAUUUGCUCACUUGCAGCCUGUAGGGACAAACAGGGACAGGAGAAGAAGAUGAGAAUAGGCGAUGGUGGUGAUCGGAGAACUGAUUUAGUGAGAUAAUUUUUUGGAAUAAAGGUGGGGGGUUGGUGGAUGCUCUCUAGAUAGGGAUUAGGGCGAGUACGUAGGAGAGGGUUGGGAGCAAGGUUGUCAACCCGCGGGCUGAUCCGUACCCGAACGAGCUAGUUGGUCAAGGAUUAAUGGGUCACUCGUGUUAGCCCGAUUUAGCCCGAAAAUGUGAAAAUAGUCAUUAUAUUGUACUUAUCUUGAUAAAUUAUAUCAAAUCUCACAUAUGAGUUAUAACAUAAAAUAUUACACCAAAAUAACAUGUCGUACUUAGAUCCAACAUAUAGUGAAAAUUCACACGUACACUUACAUAACAUCAAUAUUCAAAUGUUCAAUUUGGAUUCCAAAAAUUGAGUUAGGCGAAAACAAAAAUCGGAAAAUAGGCGCAUUUCGCAAACCAAAGAAAAAAAUGACACAAUUUGACCUCUAACCCGGUACCUUGUAGCGGUUGACCCGACGGGUGCGUGCGGUCCGUUUUUCUCACCGGGUCAGGGUCAAAGUGGGUUGGUUGGGAGACAAGCCAAGAGAGCUAGGCUCUGAGGGGAAGAUGAGAGUCUGUUGGGCAGUGGGGGUGACUGGGCUAGGAGAGUGUUGGGCUUAGUAGGUAGGGGUGGGCUGCAAAAUUUUGGUUUAUCGGAUUGAAAUUCGGGUUCGUUCGUGGAUACCCUGGAAUCCGAAAUAACCAUCAUUCCCUUCCAAAUUCUAAACUAAAUUGCAUUAUUUCGG